AGAAGAAGAGCUCUGUUGACUUAGCUACCUAACACGAUAGUAGUUGGACAUCUACUUAACGUGAUCAUCAAAAUGCUUCUACAGUCUGUCAGACCCUGGUUGCUUCGUUGCCGGAGUUUACCUUUGGCUUACACAAGACCUUACUACGCUGAUAAAGUCGCUCGACUCGGCUCUCAGCCGGACAAACAGUCUCCUGAAUAUCAGGAGAAUUAUGAGCGAAUGCAAGCUCUUGUUGAUCAACUGAAAACCCGGACGGAGAAGAUUAAAUUAGGUGGGGGAGAAAAAGCCAGAAGACUUCAUACCUCUCGUGGGAAACUCUUGCCUAGAGAGCGUAUAGACAGACUGCUGGACCCUGGGACACCUUUCUUGGAAUUCUCUCAGUUUGCAGCAUAUGAAUUGUAUGGAACAGAGGAAGUCCCAGCAGGAGGUAUAAUUACAGGGAUAGGCCGAGUUUCUGGGGUGGAAUGUCUUAUUGUUGCAAAUGAUGCCACUGUCAAAGGGGGAACAUACUACCCCAUUACAGUGAAGAAGCACCUUCGUGCACAAGAGAUAGCCCAGCAGAACCACUUGCCAUGCAUUUACUUAGUGGAUUCUGGAGGAGCCAAUCUACCCAGACAAGCUGAUGUCUUUCCAGACAGAGAUCACUUUGGACGCAUUUUCUACAACCAGGCCAGGCUGUCUUCAGAGGGAAUAGCACAGAUUGCUGUUGUGAUGGGCUCUUGCACUGCUGGAGGAGCAUAUGUACCGGCCAUGGCAGAUGAAAGCAUCAUUGUGCAGAAACAAGGAACCAUUUUUCUCGGAGGACCUCCACUGGUCAAAGCUGCCACGGGGGAAGAGGUUUCUGCAGAGGACCUUGGUGGUGCUGAUCUUCACUGCAAAAAAUCUGGUGUGACAGACCACUACGCUUUAGAUGAUAACCAUGCACUCCAUUUGGCAAGAAAGGCAGUGAGAAGCCUCAAUUACAAGAAAAAUAUUGAGGUCACAGUAGAACCCACUGAAGCCCCUCUCUACCCUACAGAUGAACUCUAUGGCAUAGUUGGAGAUAACCUCAAACGCAACUUUGAUGUCAAAGAGGUCAUCUCCAGAAUUGUAGAUGGCAGUAAGUUUGAUGAAUUCAAAGCUUUCUAUGGAGACACACUUGUUACAGGAUUUUCCAGAAUAUUUGGUUACCCUGUUGGAAUCAUUGGCAACAAUGGAGUCUUGUUUUCAGAGUCUGCAAAAAAGGGAACACAUUUCAUCGAAUUGUGUUGCCAAAGAAACAUUCCACUUAUUUUUCUCCAAAACAUUACAGGCUUCAUGGUGGGUAGAGAGUAUGAAGCAGGAGGGAUUGCCAAAGAUGGAGCCAAGAUGGUAACUGCAGUUGCCUGUGCCAAUGUACCUAAGAUCACUGUUAUCAUUGGAGGCUCCUACGGGGCAGGAAACUAUGGCAUGUGUGGCAGAGCAUACAGUCCUCGAUUCUUGUACAUGUGGCCAAAUUCCCGUAUCUCUGUAAUGGGCGGUGAGCAGGCAGCCACGGUCCUGGCCACCAUCACUAAAGAUCAGAGGGCACGUGAGGGAAAAGAGUUCACCGCAGAGCAAGAGGCUGCUAUGAAGGAACCGAUAGUUCGGCGGUUUGAAGAGGAAGGCAGCCCAUACUACUCCAGCGCUAGGCUGUGGGAUGACGGGAUUAUUGAUCCUGCUGAUACUCGUCUGGUUUUGGGACUGAGCCUCAGUGCGGCAUUUAAUGCACCAAUGAAGAAGACACACUUUGGAGUGUUCAGGAUGUAAUUCUCAUUUAGCUUGUACAGAUGCAGACUUUAGACCCACCAGAGAUGUACUUUUUUUGUGUGUGUGAUGUUUCUCCAGAUAAAAAGUAACAAAGGGGAAAAACACUGCACAAAAAGAACAAUCACAGGAGUAGGAUCGCACAGUCUGUUAUAGUGGAGGACGUGACUUGAUGAUGAACUGUUGUUUCGACUGUUAAGUUGUGCCUUAACUGUUACAACCCCGUUGUAAAUGCAGCUGUACUUAUGGAAUUGUUUUCUUUUGGUGGAUUAGAUUUUUUUUUUUAUCAAAUAGUGGAAACGGUAAAUUUAAAAAAAUGUGAAAAAUUAAAUGUGUAGUUUUUUUUUUUUAUUCAGAACCUUUGAUGGCUACUGAGUGAUAACAGUAUCUGAUAGAGCGAUACCGAAGGAAACAUGUUCAGAAGGGGGCGCUAUUUAGCCACAAAUACUCAAUUUGAUAUACUAUUGUCUAGAGGAAUGGAAGAAGCACAUUUUGAAGCAAAAUGCUUUUUAGAUAAUGCACAGUGAUGUUCUGGUGUUGACAGAAGUUAUAUUGAGCCAAAUCAUAGCAAAAUAUAAUGUUUUGAAAGUGUCCAAGCAGAGCGCAGUCACCUUCUGGUGUCCAGAGACAACAUUCGGCUUAUUAUGCCAUCUGAUCCAGACUUCUGCUUUCUUUUCACCUUUACUACUGUGCUAUAGUAAUCAGCAAUAGGAUGUGUACAGAAGCUGAGCCACAGAGGGAGCAUCCUUUACUAGCAGACCACCUUGCCUCCCGUCCACUUCUCUCUUCCAUUUUGUCAGUUUCUCUCUUUAACUGAACAUGUUGCACACACUUGGCAUGUUCACAAAUUUGUGUAAACCAUCUGAGCUCACUCUAGCAACAAGUUUGUUUUCCUCUGUGGGACUUUUCUGAGGCAAAGGAUACGGUGCAGUGGUGGACGUUUGAAUGUCUUCCCAUGAGACAACGGGUUCAAAUGCUAAACUGGAAGCCUUUCAUGCUCCUCUGUGUAUGACUGCGUGGCUGGCACCCAAGGCUGUGGAGAGCCUCACCUUAGGGAGAGCAGAAAUAACUCGGGCCAUUAUGUGUGUGUGUG